UCCCCCCCACUCUUAUAUAUACAACUCAUAUACAUAUACAUACACUCUCCGACCAAAUUUACAUAUAGGAAAAAGGGGAAAAAAAAAUGGAUCUCCUCUCAUCUCUCGUGCUGUCCCUGGCCCUCUCCGCGGCGGCAACCCUCCUCCUCCUCCGGUUGGCUAGGCGGAGGAGGCUCCGGAGGCUGCCGCCGGGGAGCCUGGGGCUGCCGCUGAUCGGGGAGACGCUGCAGCUGAUCGCGGCGUACAAGACCGAGAACCCGGAGCCCUUCAUCGACGAGCGGGUAAGGAGGCACGGAGCGGUGUUCACGACGCACGUGUUCGGGGAGCCGACGGUGUUCUCGGCGGACCCUGAGACGAACCGGUUCAUACUCCAGAACGAGGGGAAGCUGUUCGAGGUGAGCUACCCCGGUUCGAUCAGCAACCUGCUGGGCCGCCACAGCCUGCUGCUCAUGAAGGGUGCUCUACACAAGCGGAUGCACUCGCUCACCAUGAGCUUCAACAGCUCCGCCAUCAUCCGCGACCACGUCCUCGUCGACAUCGACCGACUCAUCCGCCUCAACCUCGACGCCUGGUCCGGCCGCGUCCUCCUCAUGGAGGAGGCCAAGAAGAUUACGUUCGAGCUGACGAUGAAGCAGCUGAUGAGUUUUGAUCCCGGGGAGUGGACGGAGAGCCUGAGGAAGGAAUACGUGCUUGUCAUCGAAGGCUUCUUCACCGUCCCUCUACGGCUCUUCUCCGCCACCUACCGCCGUGCCAUCCGAGCGAGAACGAAGGUCGCGGAGGCGCUCAGCCUGAUCGUGAGGCAGAGGAGGAAAGAGAGGGAGGAAGGGAUCACGAAGAACGACAUGCUGGGAGCCCUGCUGGCCGGAGACGACCACUUCUCCGAUGAGCAGAUAGUCGACUUCCUCGUGGCCCUCCUCGUCGCAGGCUACGAGACCACCUCCACCAUCAUGACCCUUGCCGUCAAGUUUCUCACCGAGACACCUCUCGCCCUGGCUCAACUCAAGGAAGAGCACGAGAAGAUACGGGCGACGAAAGGCCCGUCCGAGGGGCUCGAGUGGAACGAUUACAAGUCCAUGCCUUUCACACAGUGUGUCGUUAAUGAGACAUUGCGGGUUGCAAAUAUAAUCAGUGGUGUGUUCAGACGCGCGAUGACCGACAUUCAGAUCAAAGGCUAUACGAUCCCAAAGGGAUGGAAAGUGUUCGCCUCAUUUCGAGCAGUGCAUCUGGACCCUGACCACUUCAAAGAUGCGCGCACGUUUAAUCCUUGGAGAUGGCAGAAUAACUCAGGAACAACAAGCUCGGGAAAUGUAUACAUGCCAUUUGGAGGCGGCCCAAGGCUGUGCCCGGGAUAUGAGCUGGCUAGAGUAAUCUUGUCGGUCUUCCUUCACCGACUGGUCACUCGAUUCAGUUGGGUUCCGGCCGAAGAGGAUAAGCUAGUCUUCUUCCCUACAACUCGGACUCAGAAACGAUAUCCCAUAAUCGUGAAGCAGCGAGAGGACUCGAUAGAGCAAUGAAGACAUUGGAACUGGAAGGAUAGAGUUAGAUGUAUAAGAGGUGUAAUAACUUUUUGCAGCAAUAAAAACCAGAUUUAGCAGCAAUGUAAAUUAAGUUAAUUCUUUUGUAAUGGGGCUAGGAAGGGAAACUGCAUCUUUUUUGGGGACUCAGAUGAAAUUAAUUAGUAUGUGUAAUUAAGUAGAUCAUAUGCUGCAAUGCAGACCCAUCAUAUAUUACUUCUACCAGUUGCUAGAA